AUACUCUUAUACACUGUGCGUCUAUUGCCGGAAAUUCAAAUCGUUGCUUAAGCCGAACUUGUUCUUCAAUCUAUGUCACUGAAAAGCUGCGCACAUACCUAAGCCAAUCGCAAAAUCGCGUGAAUAUCUCACCGCUCAACUCAGUGGACAACAUGGAUCCCGACUGUUUUGCAAUGUCUUCUUAUCAGUUUGUGAAUUCGCUAGCUUCUUGCUAUCCACAACAAAUGAACCAGCAGCAAAAUCAUGUGGGGACUCCAAGCGGAGGGACUAACACCACCACUAGCAAUGGAGGUCCAGGUGCGGGCGGUGGAGGCAGUGGUUCCGGCGGACAGGGCAGCUCAGGUCCCGGCACACCCGGUGGAAAUGAUUAUUUCCCUACCGCCGCUGCUUAUUCUCCUAAUCUGUAUCCCAACACACCGCAGGCGCACUAUGCCAAUCAAUCGGCCUACAGCUUAGGUGGAUCGGGCGGUGGUACCCAACAGAAUCCUGACAUGGUGGAUUACACUCAGUUGCAGCCGCAACGUCUGCUGCUACAACAGCAGCAGCAGCACGCCCACGCGACGGCGCAACAUACCGCUCAACAACAGCAACAGCCACAUCCGCAGCAACAACACCCGCAACAACAACCGACGCCACAACAAACUAACAUUAGUUGUAAAUACGCCAAUGAUCCCUCAACGCCUACCGGUAACAAUAACAACACUAACGCCAGUAACAACAACACUAACACGCAAUCUCUAGCCAGUCCCCAAGAUUUGUCGACGCGAGAGAUCUCACCGAAAUUGUCACCCACUUCAGUGGUGGAGAGUGUGGCAAGAUCGCUGAAUAAAGGCGUGCUGGGUGGCAAUCUAGUGGUGGCGGCAGCUGCCGCGAACGUAACCAACAAUCACGGCGGUGGUGGUGGUGGAGUCGGUAGCGCUGGCGUGAAUGUUAACGUUAGCGUAAAUGUGCCAAUGCACAGUCCCGGCGGUGGCGACUCCGACUCGGAAAGUGAUAGCGGCAAUGAGGCUGGCAGUAGCCAAAAUAGUGGCAACUGUAAGAAGAAUCCGCCACAGAUAUAUCCGUGGAUGAAGCGAGUACAUUUAGGACAAAGUAAAUCGACGAUUGAUAAUACUUUUUCGCUUGUCCUAACUAUAAAUAUGAACGUCUGA